CCACAACCCUUCCGACGCCCUCCGGCGUACCCAACUCGUCCGUCCUCCUCUUCCUCCAACCCAACCCUAAUAGGGAGAGGAAGAGGGAGAGAGAAAGAGAGAGUGCGAUUGCCUCCCAUGAAUUUCCUCACAACACCGAAGCCAGAGCUCGGCCUCCGGCGCCUGGCGUCCGCUCCACUCUCGAAACUCCCCGGUCCCUCACCCAGGAGGUUCCCGGUUCGCCAGAGAUUCCGCAACGGCACGAAUCUAUGGGCCCUCCCGAGGAAGAAAUCGGAGCUCCGAUGCGAAGCCGAUGGAUCCGACAGGACCUCCAACGGAGUACUCGAGAAGGCCGCCUCCGGUUUCGCUGCCGCGGCGGCGGCAGCGGCCGUGAUGGCCGUCUGUGGCUGCGACGCACCCGCCCUCGCCGAGUCUCUUACCGUUGCCUUCCCUGUUUCUCGAGCACGCGAGGUGAACACGGUUCAGAGAACUCUUGUUGAGGCUUGGGGAUUGAUUCGGGAGACCUUCAUCGAUCCUACUUUUAACCACCAAGAUUGGGACUUAAAGUUGCAGCAGACCAUGGUCGAAAUGUUUCCACUUAAGUCCGCAGAUGCAGCAUACAAUAAAAUCAGUGGAAUGCUUGCAACUCUUGGUGAUCCUUUUACGAGAAUUAUCAGCCCAAAGGAAUAUCAAAGUUUCAGAAUCGGCAGCGAUGGAAAUUUGCAAGGGGUUGGGCUAUUUAUAAAUGUUGAACCAAAAUCGGGCAACUUGGUUGUUUUGUCUUGUAUUGAGGGAAGCCCUGCUGACCGAGCUGGUAUACACGAAGGAGAUGAGCUAAUUGAGAUUGAUGGAGAGAACCUUGCUGGGUUAGGUAGUGAGGCAGCAGCCCGCAAGCUUCGAGGACGUGUUGGCACUACUGUCAGAGUGAAGCUUCAUAGUGGAGGAGCAGAAAGUGGAAUUGGCAAUGGGCUAAGAGAGGUACAACUACCUCGUGAGGUUAUUAAUCUUUCACCUAUAUCUAGUACAAUCAUCUCCCACAUAUCAAUCGAUGGCCAUGAGCUGAAGACUGGAUAUGUUAGGCUUUCUGCAUUCUCUCAGAAUGCUGCUGCUGAAAUGGAGAAUGUUAUUUUAGAAAUGGAAGAUCAAGGUGUCCAGUCAUACAUCCUAGAUUUGCGCAAUAAUCCGGGAGGUCUGGUCAAAGCUGGAUUGGAUGUUGCCCAGAUGUGGCUAGACGGUGAUGAGACUCUUGUAAACACUAUUGAUCGCGAAGGAAAUAUGUUACCCAUCAAUAUGGUCGAUGGGCAUGCUUUAACACAUGAUCCACUUGUGGUGCUUGUUAAUGAAGGGAGUGCCAGUGCGAGUGAAAUCCUUGCAGGGGCAUUACAUGAUAAUGGGCGUGCAAUUCUUGUUGGUCAUACAACAUUUGGAAAAGGAAAAAUUCAGAGCGUGACUGAACUGCAUGAUGGAUCGGCUCUAUUCAUCACUGUCGCCAAGUAUUUGUCACCGGCUCUGCAUGAUAUCGAUCAGGUUGGUAUCGCUCCUGACGUGCAAUGCACCGCGGAUAAGCUGACUUCGUCCAUAGCAUCUUUAUCGAGAGACAAGAACACUACAUCAACUCUGGAGUCAGAUUCAUGUAUAAUGGUAGCAGAACAUGAGCUUGAGGUCCAGAAGCUGAAGGGGUCUGCUUCAUGAGAUUAGCAAUCAUCAGUUCCUCAUGUAGAUGUAUCAAUAAGUGAUAGAAGCAAACCUUUAUAGUCAUACUGUACAUACCACCAUUGUUGUUGGUUGUAAGGCCAAUGCAUAAUGAAUCUUUCUCUUGAAGUGAAUAUAUUCUCGUUUUUCAUCUA